UGUUGUUGUUUUGUGUGUGUAUUUAACUGAUCAUUUGUGUCGUGCUCUUCAUUGUUUUCAUGUGUUUUAAUUUUUCUGCAGGUACACUGAAAGUGAGAUUCAAAAAUUGAAAAGGUUGGCUGAAAUACAUGGCUCAGAUUGGGUUGGUAUUGGUGAGGUGAUGGGUAGAAGUUCCAUGUCUUUGAACCGCAAGUAUGCAAAACUAGUAAAUGGUUGCACAAGCUCUGCUGGAGCAUGAAUGACAAUGAGGUCCAGAGAUGGACGAAAAGUGAUGACAUGACACUUGUGGAAAGCCUGUAUGAGUCUGAAUACAUGGAGGAGUUUGAUGUGGAUUGGAUGGACAUUCAGUCCGCGUUUGAAACUAAAUACUCGCCACAUUUUCUUUGCCAUAAAUAUUUAAAUCUCAAGAAGAGCGUACCCAACUACCAACUGUUAAACUUUGAAGAAAUUGUGGAUUAUCUAUACCAGCUCUUUGUAAGAGCUAUAUUGGAAGCCGAGGCACGACUGGACAGCGGAUUGCUCAGCGACCAGACAGAGUAGUUACAACCUGUGUUUGCCGUUGUGGCUACAUGACCCAGAGAAGACAAA